GGUAACUAUUUUAAACCACUGAAAAUGAGUUUGCUGAAAAAUUUCCAUCUAAAGUGGUUGCCUAACUAAUUUUAGAUUAUUCUAUAUACAAGAAGCUUAAUGAAUUUAACUGUUCAUCAUAUUUGAGGCUAUGUUAGGUAAGAAGUUCCAGGCAAGGACUGCUGUUCCAUAUAAGGAGCUUCACUGUUCUGCACCUCCUUCAUUUGGUGGCAAAAUUCAGCCAUUGGACAGCCCUGGUGAAACAAAUUUCUUGGCGAUGCUUGGCAGGCUGCGGUCAAGUCGGCUGCUGCUGCUCGUGGCUGUGGUCGUCUGUAUUAUCAUGUACAUGGCAGGGCAUCGUAUGAGCAGCGUCUCUAUUGAGCCUCCCAGUUUCUUCCCGUGGACCACCGUCACUGACCGCAACGUGUCAGCUUACGUGUCUACAGCGAAGCAAACGCUAUUGAUGCCCCGCGAGGGAUGCUCAGGAGACGAGUUCCUGGUGGUGGUGGUGCCAAGCAGUCCAGGCAACAGCCAACGGCGCAAGGCUAUCAGAAAUACUUACGGUCAGUGGAUCCGUCAAGUGGAUAGUGCGACGACCACCAGAAAACUUUUGCAACUCAGUGAUGGGUGGAACACCCUCGACAACAAGGAUGUAGAGUCGACCUACGUCGUGAGGAAGGAUUACCUCGACCAGCCGAGUCCGCUUCUGAGGAAUAGUAAAGUCUCGGCUGCUGGGGGCGCGUCUCAAGGCAUGACUCGAGAGCUUUUUUCUCUUGAUGGUAAACAUGAUAUGAAGGACAACUUGCCCAUACCUGCAAAGUCUGCUUCUGAUGAAACGAAGACAGCCACCACAGCUUCAGUGCAUCACACGCGCGGCCGUUCAGGGCCUCGUGUACAGCUUUCUACUUUUGCCGAACUCAAUCGUACACUCAAAGGCAAACUCUUCUUCAUUUUGGGUCGGGAAAAUUCUGAGUCUGGCGUAAGUGCUUCGUUGAUGAACGAGCAAGAAGUGUACGGGGAUAUCAUUGUCGAAGAUUUUGUUGAUACAUACCAAAACUUGACUCUGAAGAGCCUUUUCAUGAUCAAGUACAUAACGAAUCAUUGUCCCGACGUCAAUUACGUUGCUAAAGUGGAUGAUGAUGUCUUUCUACACGUGCCAAAUUUACAAAGAACUUUACUUGCUAACGACACUUCAGAAAAGCUCAUCCUGGGUUGUCUUUUCUGCUACGUUCGGCCUGUUCUCAACCCAACAAGCAAAUGGUUCUCACCUCGGUACAUGUAUCAAGGUGAUCAUUAUCCUAAUUACGUAUCAGGCACCUCCUACGUUUUGUCAGGCAACGUGUUGACUCCGCUUCUUGCAGCCGGGAUGCACACGCCGCUCUUCCACCUCGAGGACGUUUUUAUCACGGGCAUUUUAGCCCGAAUGAUCGGGGUCAAGCCUCAGGACAGUAUCGAUUUCUCUUACCAAACUAGACCAACAAAUCCUUGUCUCUACCAGACCGCUUCUAUGGGGCAUGAAAUGGAGCCUCUGCAGAUGUACAAGUUGUGGAAUAUGUUACAUUUACGCGGUAUGACCAGCUCGUGUAAACCUCUCACCGCCGCGCAAAUACGCCGCUACACGCCAUCCAAGUGCGAUGCUAACAGAUAAUUACAAUGCAGGCGUGUUAUUAUCAAUGGAAUCUCAUGUAUGCUAUAAUAUGUAAUAGUUCGAAGAAUCUCAAAUCAUAUUGUGUAUUGAAAUGAGUGAUUGUGUAAGGCUGUUUUCGGUCACUCGCCGGCAUUUCUGCUGCUAUGCCAGUUUGUUUCUUCAUAAGAUUUUCUUUUAGUGACCCCCUCUAGUGGACUAUUAAGCUGAUACCCUACCUCGCCAAUCCAAGGAUGAGACACUUAUGGUCUAACCGCUAACGCGUCCUGCGAAAGUAUUUUUAGUCGCAUUAAAUGAAGCAUUAACAAGUUUUUUUAUGACGUUGGACUGCGUGGUAAAAAUGUUAAUUUUCCACAGCUGUCCAGAUGUUUUUCGUAAAAUUUGAGUUAGAGAGCACUUUUGUUUAGUUCCGUGGUUUGGAAAUUAUUCUCGUGUCAGUUACCUGUCCUGUUAUUCGGGCUCAAGUGUUCUUUACUUGGCUGGUUCAACUCACGAAGCUUUUGCAAUGGCGAUCGUAAAUUUUCUGAUUGAUUUUGUACCUGCACAAGAGCGACAGGAAACUGUACCCAAGUUAAGACCUGAUCUUGAAUAGUACUCUUUUACUGUAUAUUUUCUGUUUUUCUACAGUGGUUCAACUGUGUUUACUUGGAUGCAUAUAAUCUCUACCUGUUGAGCCUUAGCUUACUGUAUGUCUAUUCACAAAUCCUUCUGAGUCUGCGUUUUUUCAGUGGAUAAUAAUGAAUUGAUUGUAUCCAUAAUGUUGAGUUUGUUUAGUCAAGAUAAUAUGUGUUAACGGAAUGUUCAAUCAUAAUUACUCGGAAGGGUGCAGCAGUGAUUAAUUUUAAGCAAUCCUCAUGGCUGUUCUGGUUGGAUGAUACAAAGCCUAAAGGUCUCAAUGUUGAAACAGGAAAAUAUGUACGAUAUUACCAACGUUCUGAGUGACAUGAUGAGUGCCAAUUACCGUUAGUUUGUCACAUAUUAUAAAGUUCCGCAUCAGAUAACGCGCUCGUGUCCUAACGCGAAGUUCGUUUUUGUAUUUUUUUACCCUAGCCAUGUAUUCUAGUAUGUAGAUCACUGGUUUAUUUAGCUAUUUUAUUUGUUAGAGGAUGAAUUUCAUCACUAUUUUUUGUGAUAGAAUUAAUCUCAAAGACUUACCGUUCAUUUUAUUUACGUAAGGAACGGGUUUCUUAAAAAGACAUCUCUCUACUGCCUGUUUUAUGUUCUGUGAUUUAAUCUGUGAGAUUUAUGAACAUCUUUUUAUGAUUUAGUUCUAUGUUAGAUCUGAGUAAUAUGUGUCCAAAAAUUUAUUUAUUCAUUUUGAAAGAAUCUCGAAGUUUCGUCAUGAAGCUGCCUCUGCUUCAUAAUUACGAUGUCAAGCUUAUGUAUGUGUUAUCAUUACGGCUUGCAAGCUUAUGUAUGUGUUAUCAUUACGGCUUGCAAGCUUAUGUGUGCGUUAUCGUUACGUCAUCAAGCUUUCUAUGCGUUAUUGUUAGGGCGUCGAGCUUAUGUGCGCGUUAUUGUUGAGACGUCAAGCUUAUGUAUAUGUUACAGUUAUGACAUUAAACUUUAUAAUGAAGGUUCCACAAAUGAAGGUCUUAUUUGACGUACGUUAUCGCUGUCGUGCAUUUAAAUGCUCUUAUAUUAACCAAUCUCCACGAUAGGCGGAUGCUGCUCGUUUUUAAUUGUUUCCGAAAAUGUAAACCUUGUAAAUAUAAUUGUUCUAGUCGCGGCCCGCUUUUAGCGCAUUUUCUCAAUUAUGGAAAAAAUGCGCUAUUGUGCUAACCA